UAAAAUUUGUAAAUAAACAUUUUAUGUACAUAAUACAGAAGCACGAUAUCGAAAAACUAUAUACACAUCUAUAUUAGUGGUGCAUCAAAAAGGAACACAUAGUCCAUGGAAUAAAAGUUGGUAGAAAAAAAGAAAAGAUGAUUAGGUCUUUGUUACUAGUGAUGGUAUGUUGCUCCAUUUGUGUAGCAUACAGGGAUUGGAUAGAAGAACCUGGUCCUAGGGUGAAAGCCACCCAAGGUGAGGUUUGGCCAAAACCUCAGCAACAACGAAGCACAAAUGAGGUGAUGAAUGAAGGCACAGCAUGUAAAGAUCUAGAUGAGAUGUUAGUAAGAUACAAAGGCAUAAUGCUUAGAACUUUACCAAUGACUUCGCGCCAUUGUAAUGGAAACAGAAAAUUAUGUCCUGGUCGUAGAAGGAGUUCCAGGAGUUACCUGAAUUCGUUAAGGAUCAACCUGGAAGGUCCAUGUGAUUUGCCGUUGGAUUCCAACAUGAAUGAAACAUAUAGUUUGACAAUUUCUCCCGUACAAGGAGAAUCAGUUUUGCAUUCCCAAACAUACUGGGGCAUUAUAAGAGGAUUGGAAACGUUCUCACAAUUACUUUAUGCUGAUCCAGUUGAGCACGUCCUAUUGUUAAACAAAACUACAAUUUAUGACUACCCAAGAUUUUCUCAUAGAGGAAUUUUGCUCGAUACAUCAAGACAUUUCAUACCUCUGCAAAAAAUCAUGCAACUUUUAGAUGCAAUGUCAUAUAAUAAAAUGAAUGUUUUUCAUUGGCACAUUGUUGAUGAUCAAAGUUUUCCAUAUGAGAGCUAUACUUUUCCUGAAUUAAGUCAGAUGGGUUCUUACCAUUCAAGUAUGGUAUACACUCAACAAGAUAUUGCAAGAGUUAUAGAGUAUGCUGGAAAGUUAGGAAUCAGAGUUAUGCCAGAAUUUGAUUCACCAGGACACACAAGAUCAUGGGGUGUCGCACAUCCAGAAAUUUUAACUCCAUGUUAUACAAAUGGACAAUUGGAUGGUACCCUAGGACCCAUCGAUCCUACACUCAAUGAAACAUAUGAAUUUAUGGAAAAAUUAUUGCAGGAAAUUAUUCAAGUCUUUCCUGAUAAAUAUUUGCAUCUUGGUGGUGAUGAAGUUGGAUUCAGCUGCUGGCAAAACAAUCCCCACUUAAAUGAAAGAAUGCGAGCAAUGGGUAUACCAAAUUUGACAAAAUUGGAGGAGGUGUAUAUACAAAAAUUGGUGGAUAUGACAACAAAAUUUAAUGCAAGUGCUCUGGUUUGGCAAGAAGUAUUUGAUAAUGGUGUAUUAUUACCAAGCGAUACAAUUGUGCACAUAUGGACAGGCGAUCACCAAGCUAAACUACAACAGGUGACAAGUGCCGGUCUACCUGCCCUCCUCUCCACCUGUUGGUACUUGGACCAUUUGGCAACUGGAGGAGAUUGGUUGAAAUUUUACAAAUGUGAUCCAUGGGAUUUUCCAAGUGAUAGCCGCCAAAGAGAUUUAGUCCUAGGAGGAGAAGCUUGUAUGUGGUCAGAAGUUGUUGACGCUAAUAAUGUUCUUCAAAGAGUUUGGCCUCGUGCUUCUGCGGUGGCUGAAAAAUUGUGGUCAAAAAUGAAUGCAGAUAAUACAAGUUACGCGGCCCGAAGGUUGGAAGAGCAUUCUUGUCGCAUGAACCGUCGAGGAAUACCAGCCCAACCUCCAAAUGGCCCUGGUUUUUGCCUGACUUAAGGGAGAAGCAGAAGUAUCAAGAAAUUUUAAACCAAAUCCAUUGAGAUAAUAGAAACAAAUGAUAUUGAUACAAAGAACUGAUGUUCUUUGCAGCAUUAGCCCCUUGAAAAAUUGUUGGAACAAACAUAUCCUUUAUCAGUAUGUUCUAUUUACCAAAACGUUGGAUGUGACUUUAGCUUAAUAUCAUAUGCCCACUUCUUAUAUAUUACUGAAGUAAUUGUAUUUUAUUCG